AAGGAUAUUGUAUGUACGUGUAAGAAUAAGCUGAGUAGAGAGAAAUGGAGGCAGGUGGGAGAGGGUUGUGGUUGGCAAUGCUGAUGAUCACGAUUAUGGUCAGUGGGAAAGGGGAAGCGCAAUUGAGUGAGAGUUUCUACAAUUCGAGUUGUCCGAACGUGGAGAGUAUUGUGCAUCAGGCGGUGGCUAAAAAGGCUAACCAAACAUUCGUCACUAUCCCGGGCACUCUUCGUUUAUUUUUCCAUGACUGCUUUUGUCAGGGAUGUGAUGCCUCAAUUAUGAUUGCAUCACCAAACGGAGAUGCAGAGAAGGAUGCCCCAGAUAAUCUCUCCCUCGAAGGAGAUGGCUUCGACACUGUAAUCAAGUCUAAAGCAGCCGUAGAAGCAGUAUGCCCUGGUGUAGUUUCCUGUGCCGACAUCAUGGCUAUUGCUGCUAGAGACGUCGUAGUACUGGCUGGAGGACCGUCAUUCAAAGUGGAAUUGGGACGUCGCGACGGACUCAUCUCUAAGGCAUCUCUCGUUGCUGGAAGAUUGCCAGAGCCCUUCUUCAAUCUUAGCCAACUCAACGCCCUCUUUGCCAAGAACAACCUCAGUCAGUUUGACAUGAUCGCAUUGUCCGGCGCCCAUACCAUCGGCUUCUCCCACUGUGACAACUUCGCAAAUCGGCUCUACAACUUCUCCAAUUCCUCUCAAGUAGACCCUUCUCUGAAUACAACCUUUGCCAAACAUUUGAUGCAAGAGUGUCCUAAGAAUGCAGACCCUCAAUUCGUCAUUGGCUUGGAUGAUGUGAGCCCACAAAUUUUCGACAAUUUCUAUUACCAGGAUCUGGUUGGAGGGAAGGGAGUUUUAACUUCAGAUGAAGUGCUUUUCACAGACCCAGCAUCUCAACCAACCGUCAGGGAUUUCGCUAGUAAUCCGGGCACCUUUAAUGGAGCCUUUGCUACUGCCAUGAGGAAGCUUGGCCGUGUGGGAGUCCUAACUGGUAGUGAAGGACAGAUAAGAAAAGACUGCACAGCCUUUAACUCAUGAGGAAAAUCUUCUUGAGAGAGAGAAAGAGAGAGAGAGAGAGGAAUUCAUCACACUUCUAUAGAGACGAAUGGCGAUUGGUCAUCUGAUGUUGUUCUUUUUUGGGUCAAACGGAAAUAUACAUCUGAUGUUGUUCAAAUCACAAUUUAAGUACAUGACUCAUAUAAUUUUGUUUGUCCAAGAAAAUAAAAAAGGUAGUGUUGCUUGUAAUCCAGAAUGGUGAAAAGUUUGUACGUUUCUCAUGUCUUUCUUUGUGGGCCUAGAUCCAGCAGAGUGGGAAUUAGUGGCAAUUACAACAUUCUCUCUAUUGCUCAUGAGGGACGUUAUCUACUGGCCGG